AUGGCAGACUCUUCAUCCACAUGCAUUCAAAACCAACCUGCUGCUGCUGCUGCUGUUGAUAACGCAAGCACUACAACUACAGGUACUGAGAAGAGAGGUCGUAGCAGCAACAACACCACUAUCACCACCACCACCUCCUCCUCUACUACUACUACUACCGCUACUCCCUCUCCUUCAGCAGGCCCGUUCGAUUUUGUUCACCACGAGUACGAGUACGAAGCAAUAUAUCCUUUUUGUCCACAUUGUCACGAUGACUGGAAAGAAUCGCCUUAUGGAAAUUCAUCAUCGGAUUCAGAGGGGCAGUUGAGAGAGUAA